AUAAUACUAGUUUGCUUAAAUUUUUUAUUUUCAAACUGAGCAUCCCUGGAUAUGUGGAUUAUCUUUUAUCUCGCCAUAUAUUGUACUCUUUUCUGCGCAGCCAUAUUGAUUUGAUUCUUCGGUCAAAUUAAAAUACGCUACUCGUUUCGCUUGCACUUAUGCUUUAGGUACUUUGACUAAAAACCAAAAGAUACAUCGCAAUUUCUCUUUCCUUUCUGUCGAAAGACUUGAAGCGAAAAGUUCGUCACGACGUUUUCAAGCAUUUUCUUUUUAAAAUUUUUGUAGAAUCGAAAUUGAGAGUGCAUUUCGGGAACGACACAAAGGAAAAUAAACAUCGAGACAGGUGAACCUAGAUUGAAAGAACAAAAUGCCUAAAAAUAAGGGAAAAGGAGGUAAAAAUCGUCGUCGUGGAAAGAAUGAAAACGAAUUCGAGAAACGUGAGUUGAUUUUCAAGGAAGAUCAGCAGGAAUAUGCACAAGUCACCAAAAUGUUAGGCAAUGGUCGUCUAGAAGCAACAUGUUUUGACGGAGUGAAACGCCUGUGUCAUAUUCGGGGGAAACUCAGAAAGAAGGUUUGGAUCAAUCAAGGUGACAUCAUUUUGGUCGGUCUACGUGAUUAUCAGGAUUCCAAAGCCGAUGUCAUUUUGAAAUACACACCCGAUGAGGCGAGAAAUUUGAAAACGUAUGGCGAAUUCCCCGAAUCGGUGCGCAUCAACGACACAGUAACAUUUGUCGAGGACGGUUUCGAUGAGGACAUUGAGUUCGGUGAUGAGAUAAGUUCUGAAGAUGAUGCUGAUUCCGUGGAUAAUAUUUGAUCAACGAGAAACAAGCGCGAGACUUCGACGCAUCAAGAAGAAGAAUUAAGUAAAAUAAAAAUUUGAGAAUAUAAUAAAUAAUUUAAAAUGGAAAAAUAAUGAUAUAUUACUAAAAAAAAAAAAAGAAGAGGAAGGAUAAAAGGAUGGAAUACUACAUAGUGAGAGGGGCAAAAAACGUAAAACAAAAUUUUGUAGAAAAAGUACAUAAGAAAAAGGCAAAAGUAAAAAUAUGAGAGUCGUUUGUUUGCAAGAAUGUUAAUAAGAAAAAAAAAACAACAAGGAAUCAGCUUGUAAAUAUUGUCUAAGAAUAGUAUACCGUUGGUUUACAUUUCGAUAUAUUGUGAAAUUCUUCAAAAAUGGCAGCGGUGUGAAUGGUGAAAUCAUAUACGAAAUACUGUAAGCACUCAAGUAA